GUCAAAAAGAAAACAUUUUUCUCCAGAAUACAUUAGAUUCAUUUGUUUAAAAAAAAACCUAAGCCAUGUGACAAUGAGGACAGGAUGAGAAUGGACAGAAGAGAGAGGAGGAUAGAAAGAAGUGUGGAACUGCACAGAGUGGAGAAUGGAGAGGACAGAGCAGAGAACUGUGAGGAAAGACAGGACAGCAGAGAGAUCAGAGUGUAGAAGGGAGAGGAGAAGAGAUGGGGCAGAGCGGAGAACCAAGUGGACAGGGAGGACAGAAAGGAGAACCAUUUUUAAAAAUCCAGCAAAGAGUGAAGCCACAGACGCAUCGAAGCAACAGUGGUCCGUCGAGGAAACAAGCUUGCCUUAUGGUCGUCAGCAGAUAAACAACAAGCUUAAAAAGUUAAAAAAAAAAGAUUACUGGGACCAAAAGAAGGACCUCGGCCGAAGUGGCAAUGGGCGGUCAAGAAGAAAUCAGCAUUUCAAUGUUCUGGGCUCGGUCCUUGGCGACAGACUGCAGUGCCAAGUGACCAGAGCUCUAAACACAGCCACUGCAAUGCUGGAGGCGAUGGUGGACGAAAGCAUAACGCUGCCGCAAACAGGACCUGAGUUAUCUGCCAUCAAACAAGAUGAUGCUAACUUGGAGCUAACGUUGCCACUCCACUGCAGCUCGCCAACACCAUCCAGCAGCUCAGGUCAAAGCCACCAGACCAGACCAGGGAAGAGGAUGAAAGACAGCAACACAGAGCUGCUGGAAUACCUGGAGAGGGCAGACGAGAGGUUCUUGCAGCACAGCAAGGACCUGAAUGAUGCCCUGCUACAGAAGCUGGAGACUGACACCAGUGCGUUUCUUGGAUUGAUGGGGCACAUGGUGUCUGUGAUGGAGGCCCAAGCCCAGAAAUGA